GUUGGGCUGUGGAAGGGAAGAGCCUGAGACUGUGGUCAUGUCAGAUUUCCUGUGGUGGGUGGCAGCCCGUGACUUCUCAGAAAUCAUGGGAUGGAGGGAGGGAGGGCCAAGGAUGAGCAAUGCAUCAUGUCAUGAGAUUGUCCAUCUUAUGGGACGGACAAAACAGAAGGGUCAGUUACCCUUCUGGAGGGAGACCCGGCUGGUGCCUGAGCUCAGAACCCAGCUCCCAGCCCCAGAGGCACCAGUUCAGCAUGGUGCUAACUCUCCUGCUGCCUGUGCUGGCCUCUCUCCUUCCCCGGCCAGUGUUCCCUGCAGCUAAACACCCAGCUCCAGCCUUCUCCGUGGAUCCCCAGAAAGUUGAAUACCUGCUCGGAGACACCGUGGCCCUCACAUGCUCUGCUCCCCCUGGGAGGGAUCAAGUGUCGAUAUUCCACUACUACAGCAACACGGGAUGGGCUGUUUCAGCCAGGGUGUCCUCCGGGCAGGAACACACCUACAGCCUCAACAUCACACAGUCACGGAGUGCGGGUGUGUACAGCUGUAACUAUUACACAGGCCAGCCUGGUCGUUUCGUCCCGUCCUAUGAGAGCAACCGUAUCAGCAUCAACGUCAAAGACCCUCCUCCAGAGCCGACACUGAGUGUGGAUCCCCCAUCUGGCGUGGUGAGCGAAGGGCACCCCCUACUCAUCACCUGCACAGCCCCUGGGGACGCCAGACAGCUGAGGUUUCACUUCUACCAGGAUGGAGCCAAGAUCGUCCCUGGGGAUGUUGGGUCUGAGAUCAGCACCGCGGAGCCAAGGACCAGUUCUGUGACAGUCUCUGUGCUCAGCAUCCCGCAGGUGGACACCAACAGCACCGGGGAAUACACCUGCCGGUACGAGGAGAAAGAGAGCGGGAGAUGGAUCCUGUCCACCAGGAGCCAGGCUGUGACUGUUACCUUGAAAGAUCCUCCUCCACGGCCAGUGUUGACUGUGGAUCCCCCUUCAGGAGGAGUGAACGAAGGGUUCCCCCUGCUCAUCACGUGCACAGCCCCUGGGGAUGCCGGCGAACGGAGGUUUCACUUCUACAAAGACGGGGCAAAGAUAAUCCCCAAGGAGCCCAACAUCAGCUCUAGGAAUGUCUCUGUGUUCAGCAUCCCACGGGCUGAUCCCGGCAGUGCCGGGGAAUUCACCUGCGGGUACGAGGAGAACGUGAAUGGGAGGUGGGUCCCAUCCCCUAGGAGCUUGCCUGUGAACGUCACCGUGAAGGACCAAGCCCGGGGAAAAAGUGAGCAUCACAGCGGCAGUGCUGAGCACCGGUGCUUGAUCUCAGACCCCAUGUCCCCGGGAGAUUCGGCCCAUCCUGAUAGAAGUGAAACCCGCACUCUCUGCAAUCUCCGGGUCGUGCAAGAUUGA